AUGUCCACGCUUCGGGUGACUCCACGUUCUAACUCACCAAAUUCCAAGCGGCUAAGACGAGAAUGGGAGCGCCAGGUCUGUCGGAAGCUUCGCGACUUACACCAACCAACCUGGGGGUUUACCAUCUUUCGAACCGUCUACACGCCGGAAUCAGACGCCCAGUUUCCGCUGUUUCUAGCGAAGCUUAGGACAUACGUCGAUAACGCCAUUGACUGGGACCUUCGGCCAACACCAUACACGGCUCUCAGUACCGAGCCGCCGUUCGACCAUGGACCAAACGAGGAGAUGAAGAGGCGUUUCGUGAACGAUGUUGUUGAAGAUCGCGACCUCGACGGGGCGAAUACGGAUGCAGUCCGGGAUGCGUUCACGAAGUGGUUGAAGGGUGAAGGGGUGGAUCUCGACAUGCAUCAGCUCUAUGCUCGACACCGGGUCUGUAUUAUGGUAGAUGAGUCCGUUAUGAACUCGGUGACGGCGGCUCCGGAAGACCCGAAUGAAGACUACGAACUCGACUCGGUUUGGGUCAAGGUGGUGGAGUAUUUGGCGCCGGGGGAAUGCGAGUGGCAGGCCUGGCUGAAGGUCGGUCUAAAUGCGAUAGAGAAUUUCUGGUUUAACGUGUUUGCCAAUGAGGAAGCCGAGGACAUGUUUACGGCCAUGAUGGAAGACGGAGAGAAAGCCUGGACUGGCUGA